AUGUUCAAAAGGAAUGGAGAUAAGCCACCCUUAAAAGUUAUCUUUGACAAAAAUCAACGGUUAGAUAUUCUGACAAGAGCGCAUGAAGGAUUAGGGCACAGAGGAGAACAAGCGGUGUUUGAAACUAUCCGGAUCAGGUUCUUUUGGCCGCAUAUGUUCAAUGACGUGCGUCACCAUGUGCGAUCUUGUCAUGAAUGCCAAAUCAGAAGCACUAGAAGAGUUGAAGUGCCUUUGACAAUAUCGACACCUAGUACGGUCUGGAGUAAGAUUUAUGUUGACAUAAUGCUCAUGCCGCUUGCUAAAGGAUACAGAUAUAUUGUAGCAGCCAGAGACGAUUUAUCUAGAGCCUCAGAAGGACGGGCCUUGCGUAGGGCAGACUCUAAGACACUGAUGAAAUUCUUCUGGGAACAAAUCUAUUGUCGUUAUGGAGCAGUCGGCGAAGUCGUCACAGAUAAUGGAUCAGAAGUCAAAGGAGCAUUCAAGCUUCUUUUGGAACGAAUGGGAAUCCCUCAAAUCACUAUCUCACCCUAUAACUCUAAAGCCAAUGGAGUCGUUGAAAGAGGGCACUUUAUUAUCAGAGAAUCAAUUGUCAAGGCCUGCGAAGGAAACAUUGCGAAGUGGCCAGAAAAGGUACAAGAAGCAUUCUUCGCUGAUAAGAUCACAAUCAGCAAAGUCACAGGAUUCUCGCCAUACUAUCUUUUACAUGGGGUUCACCCAGUUCUGCCCUUUGACUUAACAGAAUCUACAUUUUUGGUGAAAGGCUUCAAAAGUGGUAUGUCAAGAGCAGAUCUUUUAACUUUGAGGAUGCGGCAAAUCCAGAAGCGGCAGACAGAUUUGGAUAGAGCAGCAGCCCAGCUGACAAAGUUUAGGAUCAGAUCAAAAGAGAAGUUUGAGAAGAAGUUCCAAAAGCGGAUGCAAUUUGGACCAUUUGAUCCGGGUGACUUGGUUUUGGUGCGACACACAGAAAUAGAAAAGAGUCUAGACAGGAAGGCCAAGCCAAGAUACAGAGGGCCUUAUCAAAUAGUACGACGUAAUCAAGGCGGCGCCUACAUUCUUAGCGAAUUAAGCGGGGAAAUUAUGAGGGAAAAAUAUGCAGCAUUUAGGAUUCUACCAUAUAUUGCCAGAGAUAGGAAGGCGCAAAGAAUCAUGCAGUCUAGAUACAGAGGAGGGAGCACCGAACCUAAAGACAGCAGCUCAGAAGAGGAAGACUAA